AUGCAUUCUCUCCUGGGCCGGGAGAGGAAAGAAGCCGGGGUUGGGAUCGAUCUGUCUCCGGGCUUUUUGCCCCGAGCUGCCACCAUGUUCAGCUGCGUGGGCUGCUUCUGGGUGCUCCUCUCGUCCGCUCUGGUCGCCGUGUGCAGCUUCAGUUUCAUAUCCCCGGCCUGGAUUGUCAAAGACCACCUGAAGAACAAGGACUCCGUCAGUUUUGGCUUGCUCUGGCACUGCUCGGAGUCCCUGGACCACAUGUACCGAUGCUACACCUUCGGAGGACUGGGCAAAUUCGCGGAGAUCCCCUCAAGCUCCUGGCAGACUAGCGCGGUGUUGUGCUCUGGAGGAUGUGCUCUGCUGGCAGUCAGCUGUCUGUUGGCCAUCAUCACAAUCUUCCUGCCCAGUGGAGGAUGUGAGAGGAGGAUCUGCACCCUGGCAGGCUACAUGCAGAUGGCUGCAGUGUUCAUCAUGGGGUCAGGCCUGCUGGUGUAUCCCUUCGGCCUCAACUCCACCCUGGUGCGUUCCUUCUGCGGGGACGCAGACAUCUACUACGCUGGGGAGUGCCAGAUCGGCUGGGGCUACAUGUUGGCCAUCGUGGGAGUCAUGCUCACUCUCUUCCUGCCCUUCUUUGCCAAAUAUGCACCAAAGGAGCAGCUGUCCCCCACCCCUUUACCCACUCUCUUAUAG